CGGACACAGCUGCGUUCAUCAACGUGUACGAGGCUGUGCAGGAUUCUCUCAUCGCGAGAGCUGAGCGUGGUCUCGAGGCCGCGAGAAUCCAGGCGAUGCACGACAAAGACAUAGUCUUUCCAAUCAGAGAGCCAUUUAGGGAUUCAGUCAAGGAUUCAGUCAAGGAUUCCAGUGAUAUCGUUCUGUGACUGGCUGCCGAGACCAAAAGAAAGGCCUCGGAGGCACAGACACUCGCGCGGGAACAAUCAAAAGACACCGCAGCGCUCAGGCGGGAAAUGACUCGCCUGCAUGAAGCACAGGAGGAACUUACUCGCGGGUAUAUUAAGCUUAGCCACAACCAAGUCGUACUGCGGGAGGACAACACCCAGCUGCUGGAGGAGAACGCCCAGCUGCGGAAGGAAAAUUCCCGGCUGCAUGUCAGCAUCACACGGCUGGACAAGGACAUAGAUGAUCUCUGGAAAGCAGUCAACACGCUUCGGUACGGGAACAACUGGCUCGACGCUAUGGGCUCCCUUAUGCCUGAGGAGUUUCACAACCUCUACAACGACUCAAUGCCCAGCGACGGUUUGUCUCUUCACGAACGCGUGGAUGUCAAUAAGGACAAGUUUGAAGCUCUGAUCCUAAAACUUCCAAAUAGCAGAUGGCCGGAGGUGCCCUGACAUCAUACUGAAUAGCAUCCGCAGCAAGCGUCAAUCCGGGGGCCCAUUCAGAUGAUUGGUCGGAAUAGGCACGGGUGCUUCUUGAGAUACUGGGCUCUUGAUCUUCUCGAGGACUGCGAGGACGUUUUGGUCGUCCUCCUCUUCAGUUUCUUUGGCUCGGAAGUGGGAGGUUCAGAGGUUCAGAGGUUCAAAGAUCUACAGGGGUUUAGUGGUCUCCGUAUAUAUGGACAAAGAAAGAUUGCUCUAUGA